AUGAUGAAUUUAGCUCAAACCCUCCUCCACAACCCAUCUUCCAUCAAAACGAAGUCCCAAGCCAAGCAACUCCACGCCCAACUCAUCAAAACUACAAGAACCGCCUCUCCCUCUAUCUCCUCCACCAUUCUCUCCAUCUACUCCAACCUCAACCUCUUACAUGAAUCCCUCAUUGUCUUCAACACACUUCACUCACCACCCACUGUAGCUUGGAAGUCCAUAAUCAAGUGUUACUCUUCCAAUGGUUUUUUUGCAUGUUCCUUAGCUUCUUUCAUCGAAAUGAGGGCUUUAGGGAAGUACCCAGAUCGGAAUGUGUUCCCUUCUGUGCUAAAAUCUUGUGCGCAUUUGGGGGAAUUGAGGCUUGGUCAGUCUGUUCAUGGGUGUAUAAUAAGGCUUGGUAUGGAUUGUGAUCUUUACACUGGAAAUGCACUAAUGAGCAUGUACUCAAAAUUGCCUGACUUAGAUGUUGAUGGUGGGCGUAGGUUUAAUGCGUCNUGGAAAUGCACUAAUGAGCAUGUGUUUGAUGAAACUUCUGAAUCAAAGCAACAUAGUGGAGAUGACUCCAAUGGGUCUAUCGAACUCUUUGAAAAAUGGAUUCUGCCUGUUGGUUCUAAAGCUAAUUUGAAUAAAGCAAGUGAUUCGUUGGCUCAAACUGACAAACAAAGAGAANCUAUCGAACUCUUUGAAAAAUGGAUUCUGCCUGUUGGUUCUAAAGCUAAUUUGAAUAAAGCAAGUGAUUCGUUGGCUCAAACUGACAAACAAAGAGAAGAUUUCGAGUUUUCGGUGGGAGGGAGAAAGAAAGGGACUAUAAGAAUGGAGAGUAUGAGCAAAGUUUUUGAAAUGAUGCCUGAGAAAGAUAUAGUUUCAUGGAAUACAGUCAUUAUGGGCAAUGCUAAAAAUGGGAUGUAUCAGGAAGCUCUAAUGAUGGUGAGAGAUAUGGGGAAUGCAAACUUGAAGCCUGAUUCUUUCACUUUGUCUAGUGUGCUUCCUAUUUUUGCAGAAUAUGUGGAUGUCUUGAAGGGAAAGGAGAUUCAUGGAUAUGCUAUUAGACAUGGGUUUGAUGAGGAUGUGUUCAUUGGAAGUAGCUUGAUUGACAUGUAUGCGAAUUGUACUAGGGUGGAAGAUUCAUGUAGACUGUUCGGUUUGUUGCCUAAACGUGAUGAUGUUUCAUGGAACUCAAUUAUUGCGGGAUGUGUGCAGAAUGGACUGUUUGAUGAAGGCCUGAAAUUGUUUAGGCAGAUGUUGGUGGCGAAAAUUAAGCCUAUGCACAUUUCAUUUUCAAGUGUAAUGCCUGCUUGUGCUCACUUAACCACAUUACAUUUAGGGAAGCAGCUACAUGGAUGCAUUAUUAGGGGCGGAUUUGGUGAUAAUGUCUUCGUAGCUAGCUCACUGGUGGACAUGUAUGCAAAAUGUGGGAACAUUAGGAUAGCCCGGGGGAUUUUCAAUAAGAUGGAGCUACAUGACAUGGUGUCAUGGACCGCAAUGACAAUGGGGUAUGCAUUGCAUGGGUUUGCCCAUGAUGCCAUCUUGUUAUUUGAGCAAAUGGAGAAGGAGGGAGGAAAACCUACCUAUGUGGUGUUUAUUGCUGUUUUGACUGCUUGUAGCCAUGCUGGAUUGGUUGAUGAAGCUUGGAAAUAUUUUAACAGCAUGACCCAAGCUUAUGGUAUCACCCCAGGCAUAGAGCACUAUGCUGCUGUUGCAGACCUUCUUGGUCGAGCAGGAAAAUUGGAGGAAGCUUACCAAUUUAUCUCUAGCAUGCAUAUUGAGUCAACAAGCAUUGUUUGGUCGACAUUGUUGGCUGCUUGUAGAGUACACAAAAAUGUUGAAUUGGCUGAGAAGGUUGCCAAAGAAAUAUUUACAGUUGAUCCUGAGAAUAUGGGAGCUUAUGCUCUCUUGUCAAACACAUAUUCUGCUGCUGGGAGAUGGAAAGCAGCAGCAAAGUUGAGAAUUCGUUUGAGGGAUAAGAACAUGAGAAAGAAACCUGCUUGCAGCUGGAUUGAAGUCAAGAACAAAGUACAUGCUUUUGUGGCAGAUGAUACAUCACACCCAUAUUAUGACAGAAUAUGUGAGGCACUGGAAGUUCUCUUAGAACAAAUGGAGCGAGAAGGGUAUGUUCCAAACACCAAUGAGGUAUUACAUGAUGUUGAGGAGGAGCAGAAGAGACAUUUAUUGAGUAGCCAUAGUGAAAGACUUGCAAUAGCAUUUGGUAUUAUUAGCACCCCUGCUGGGAUGACAAUUCGUGUUACAAAGAACCUUCGGGUUUGUAUAGACUGCCAUACAGCAACAAAGUUCAUAUCAAAGAUUGUGGGAAGAGAGAUAAUUGUGAGAGAUAAUAGCCGAUUUCACCAUUUCAAGGAUGGGAAGUGUUCAUGUGGAGAUUACUGGUGA